AAGAUUGUAAACAGGCACUUUUAUAUUCUAAAUACGCCGGACGGCUAACUGUGGUGACUUGUGACCUCGUCAAACGAUUUACAUAAACAAUGAUUUUAUCGGUAACGUUUUUAUUGAUAAUUGUGAUCAUAUAUUUAUUAAUCACAAGAAAACAUAACUACUGGAAAGUGAGAGGAGUAAAAUAUGAAGUGCCGGCGCCUAUGGUCGGCAGCAUAUGGCGAGUGUUUAGACAAAAUGUCAGCUUGUCUCAGUAUCUCGCAGAAUUGUACCAGAAGUAUCCGAAAGAGAAAUUCGUCGGGUACUUUGGUGGUAGUGCUAUCUCCCUCCUCGUGAGGGAUCCUGAGCUUGUGAAACAUGUUUUAGUGACCGAUUUCCAGUAUUUUUAUCCGAGAGGGUUAAAUACUCAUAAGACAGUGAUAGAGCCGAUGCUGAAGAACCUGUUCUUCGCGGACGGAGAUUUGUGGAAGCUGCUGCGGCAGAGGAUGACGCCCGCCUUUACAUCCGGCAAGCUGAAGGCGAUGUUCCCUCUGAUCGUGGAGAGGACUGAGCGGCUGCAGCGAACCGCCGCCGCCGCCGCGGAGCGAGGCGCGGAGGUGGACGUGCGCGACCUCAUGGCGCGCUACACCACAGACUUCAUCGGCGCCUGCGGCUUCGGCAUGGACACAGACUCCAUCACUGACAACAAAUCCCCGUUCCGAGAUCUGGGAAAGCGUAUUUUUACUCCAACCCUGAAAGCGGCUAUCAGCUCAUUUCUAAAGUGGACUUUCCCAGAAAUAUUCAAGCAUUUGCACAUAACAGCCUCUGAUGUCACGAGAGAUACGAUUGAUUUGGUAAAAACCAUCAUGCGGGAGAGAAAUUACAAGCCUGUUGGGAGAAACGACUUUAUAGAUUUGCUUUUCGAGUUGAAAGCGAAGGGGGUUAUAUAUGGCGAUUCUUUGGAGAAGAGAAAUCCUGAUGGGACGCCGCAGACGGUAGAGUUGGAGCUGGACGAGCUGCUGAUGGCAGCGCAGGUGUUCGUGUUCUUCGCGGCGGGGUUCGAAACGUCCUCGUCGGCGACCAGUUACACGCUGCACCAGCUCGCACUUCACCCUGAACAGCAGACCAAGUGCCAGCAGGAGAUCGAUGAAGUGCUUGCACGACAUGACGGAAAAUUAUGCUACGAUGCUGUCAAAGAGAUGAAGUAUCUACACAUGUGUUUUAAAGAAGGCAUGCGAAUGUUCCCGUCCCUAGGCUUCCUCGUUCGACAAUGUGUGAGGCCAUACACGUUCCCAGGAACAGACGUAACCAUCGACGGUGGCGUGUACGUGUUGGUGUCCGUGCAGGGGCUGCACAACGACGAGCAGUACUUCAAGGAUCCGGAACAGUUCCGGCCGGAGCGGUUCGGCGAGGGGGCGCCUUCUAUACCUAACCACGUGUAUCUCCCGUUUGGGGAAGGACCUCGAGCGUGUAUAGGUGAGCGUCUGGGCCUGAUGCAGUCGCUGGCGGGGCUGGCGGCGCUGCUGCGCCGGUGCUCGGUGGCGCCCUCUGCCAACACCCGCGCGCCCCGCGUCGACCCUGCCUCAUUUGUAGUUCAGAACAUACAUGGGGGACUACCACUGUUAUUGAUACCGAGGAAAACAGCCAAAUUUCGUUUGAUCAUGUACUAUUGGGCAAUAAGGGGGGUCAGACAUGAGAAAUAUUUUCCUUUAUUUGGAACCAUAUUUCGGGUUAUCACGCAACAAAUCUGUUUGUCACAGUACGUCGCAGAAUUGUACCAGAAUUAUCCCAAGGAACAGUUAGUCGGAUUCUCCAUUUGUGGAAUGAAUGCCCUCGUUGUGAGGGACCCUGAACUUAUCAAACAAGUUUUAACGACUGACUUCCAGAUCUUUUAUCCGAGAGCUCUAAAUCCGAACAAGAGAGUGAUAGAACCGAUGUUCAAGAACUUGUUCUUCGCGGACGGAGAUCUGUGGAAGCUGCUGCGGCAGAGGAUGACGCCCGCCUUCACGUCCGGCAAGCUGAAGGCGAUGUUCCCUCUGAUCGUGGAGAGGACCGAGCGGCUGCAGCGCACCGCCGCCGCCGCCGCGGAGCGCGGCGCGGAGGUGGACGUGCGCGAUCUAAUGGCGCGCUACACCACAGACUUCAUCGGCGCCUGCGGCUUCGGCAUCGACACUGACUCCAUCAACGACGAUACGUCGACUUUCCGCCAAUUAGGUAAAAGCAUUUUCAACCCAACAAAAAAACAAAUGAUAAUUUCUGGACUAAAGUGGGUAUUCCCAGAAAAAUUUAGGCAUCUUCGUGUAUUACCGUUACAUAUUGAACAAACUACGCUUGCGUUGGUGAAAGGUAUCAUGAUGAAAAGAAAUUACAAGCCUUCAGGCAGAAAUGACUUUAUUGAUCUGCUUUUGGAAUUAAAAGAGAAAGGUACCAUUGUUGGAGAGUCGUUGGAAAGCAGAAAUGACGGGUCACAGACAGCUCAGUUGGAGAUAGACGAGGUCCUGAUGGCAGCGCAGGUGUUUGUGUUCUUCGCGGCGGGGUUUGAGACGUCCUCGUCAGCGACUAGCUAUACUCUGCACCAGCUGGCACUAAACCCUGACAAACAGAUCAAGUGCCAACAGGAGAUCGACAAUAUACUCGCUAGAUAUGACGGAAAACUCUGUUACGACGCCGUCAAAAAGAUGAAGUACUUAGAAAUGUGUUUCAAAGAGGGUAUGCGAAUGCUUCCAUCUUUAGGCUUCCUCAUCCGUCAGUGCGUAAGACCAUACACGUUCCCCGGUACUGACGUGAGCAUAGACGCCGGUGUGUACGUGCUGGUCUCCGUGCAGGGCCUGCACAACGACGAGCAGUAUUUCGAUGCACCGGACCAGUUCCGACCGGAGCGUUUCAGUGAAGGCGCAAACAUCCCUAAACAUGUUUACCUGCCUUUCGGCGAAGGACCUCGGGCUUGUAUAGGUGAGCGUUUGGGCCUGAUGCAGUCGCUAGCGGGGCUUGCGGCGCUGCUGCGCCAAUGCUCGGUGGCGCCCUCUGCAGGCACCCGCGCGCCCCGCGUCGAUCCUGCGUCUUUCAUAGUACAGAACAUAGAAGGCGGACUACCGCUUUCAUUGGUGACUCGCAAGAUCCAAUCAGAUGUUCAUGUGAAAUCAUUUUAACGUCCGCCCAGAAAU